GUUCGAUUCGCCUGCACCAUCGGAACCAGUUCACGAGGUGCUGCACCCUGCCGUUCGUUUCACUGGUGCAGCCUAGCGCCCUCUGCACUCCGGUAUUCGUUUCAAAAAGUGCCGGAAAGGUGCAGGGCUGGUUCCUGAAAUUUCGGCACCGCCGGAGUUGGUGGUUCCACGUUGGUGCAGCAUUGUUUGUUUCGCGCGCGUUCGAAAUGGCAGCAGACGGCAUGGUCGUCUGCAUUGACGGCGUGGAGCAGACGAUAACGCCAUUGAUUGCCGAAGACGGUUGUCGAGUGAGGAAUGGCAACGGCUUUGCCUACAGAGCACAAGAUGGUACUCUGCUGACCAUAUUUGUAGAUCCUACACCAGACACCAGUGUCCCAGUGCCAUCAACCCCACCGGCUGCGGACACUGUGGAGCCAAUUCUUUCUCAGAGUCCGGGAUGUUUCGCUUCGGACGAAACACAGGCUGUGGGCACUGCUGCACAGCCCUUGGCACAGAGCCCCGAGGAGGAAGAAAGCCGCGAGAACGACCUUUGGAGCGGGGCGAAAACUAGGUUUUUUAUUACAAAAUAUAUGGAACUGAAAGAGCUACUUCGUAAGAAGGGUGGCUUUCGUGCCUCCCUUAUUUCAACGGAGUUCAACUGCACAGUGACGCCCACGCAGACUCAAAAUAAGUGGAAAAGCUUGGAGAGGGCAUAUAAGCGUAGCAAGACAAAUAAUUCUUCAUCUGGCCACUCCCUGAUCACCUGCGAUUACGAGGAGGAACUGGCCGCAGUACUUGAAAAAGAACACCAUAUCACUCCAACAGUCCUCCUGGUGCCCGGGGAGGUGAUUGAAAACAACAGAGAGGGCACUGUUGCGGAGACAGAGCCUUGCCAGGAGGCAGGGCCAUCCCACCACCCCAGCCAAGAUGCCCCAGCAAGAAAAAGAAAAUCUGCUACCUCUGUGGAGGCUCUUGUCGAGGAAUAUAAGGCGGCAAAGCAGGAGCGGGAAUUGCGAUUUGAGAAAAAAAUGGCACUUUUGGAGCGCCUUGUUGGUGCCGUUGAGGCAUGUGCUGCUAAUAAAUAAGUUUUGAACAUGAAGGAAUGAUU